AUAUUCUCAAGGUCGUAUGAUGGACAAGCUUCUCAUGAACUUUAGCGACCUGGAGGAAUGUUUAAUUUCAGACGACUUAUUUGAGAGUUAUUUUAACUUCUAUCUUUCACUUCCAGUCUUCUCACGAAAGCUGCAAUAUAACCGUCUCAGUGGUGAAUUCAUACAUUUCAACUCUUCUGGUGAUGACAAUCAAGACUUAGGAAAUUAUGGAUUGUCUGAUGAGGAUCGAGAAAGAGUUAUUCAAUGGGCAGAAACAGAACGUCUUCCAUAUUUUAUCCGAAGUGAUGUUUACCGCGAAUUUUCGUUGUGCAAACUAUUAUCGGCUCCAUCAGAUUUUGAUUCGGAUUAUGCAGACUAUUGGGUAUCCAAUGACGAAGAAUUUACUAACGGCUUCACUUGUCAGCCUGGAUUAAAUAAAUACUCUUGUAUUUCUGAAAAUUCAGAUAUAAGCACAUAUGAAGCUGGAACAGAUAACAGCUGUGAAACCAGUUCUGGCCAGAAUGAUCAGUCUACAACACCUAAUGUGAACUCUCCAAGCAAUGAAGGCACUCAGGUCGUCAAUGAUUCGGUCAACUUUGAAGAUACAGGUACAAAUAAAUCCGGAAGACGAAGAAGUCGAGAGUAUUCAAAAUACUUUAAAACAAGACGAUUAUCUAUGUUCGAAGGUAUUCUGCAAAGAAUGAAUAACGAUGCUAACCGUCCAAGUCCCCUGUUAGAACAAACUAGUUGUGAAGAAAAUAGCCUAAGAAGUGAUGCUGUCAGUAAACAACAACAGCAACAAAAGCAACGUCGUCAAUCAGAACCAAUUAAAUCACUUUAUUCUUAUUAUUCGUCGUCUCCUUCGUCUUCAAGAAAUAAUACAACAUUCAAUACCCUAGAAUUUGUUCAAGACAGUUUGAGAGAGCUACAUUCAAAAAUUUCAAAUAGUCAGAAAAUACUAACACCAAAUAGUGGUAAAACAAAAUCAACUACAUCAGAAUUUACUUUGAAAAGUAUUCUACACGAUGAAAAGGAUAUGCAGGUUAUAUUUGAUGAAAUACAAGCUAUGGAAGAGAGACAAAAUAUACCAAUGCAACAAUUGAAAGAGAUACUGCUGUCUUCUCGUGAUGGAAUGAAAGAUUUUAUGGCUUAUCUAGUCACUACAAACGGUAUACACCUUAUUGAUUUUUGGUUGGAUUGUGAAGCAAUUAAAAUGAUUACAUCAGAAGAAGAGGAAGAAGAAAGAGAAGGUGAAGAGGGAAACGAAGGACGUGCUGGUUUUAAUCGAAUCAAAAUGAAGUUUGAUUUAAUUCGUGAUCUUGAAGAUCGUUAUCUUCUUCGAUUAACACCAAAAGCCCGCCAACAAUUGUUUGCAUCAGUUAAUAGUAUUUCAGACUAUUUUAUGACCAUAAAGACAAGAUAUAAUCCUCCUGAAGAAUCCUAUUUAUGCCAACUGGGUGAUAUGAUGUUCGAUUUUGUCCAGCAUGAUUGUUUACGACGUUUAAAAUACUACUGGUUACCUAGAUGGCUGUUACAUUGGGAGAAGAUAAUUCGACAGUGUCAAUUUGUGCCAAGUGGGCUUGGUGGUUGUACGCUGUUCUAUAUACCAUCAGAAUGUUCACGGCUUGGUAAAGGGGAUGAUGAUGAUGGUAAUGAUGUCGAUGAUGGCAGUAGGAAGUACUCCAGAGUAUGGCGUCAAAAGACCUCGUCGACUAACAAUACAGAAAUGUUUUCAUUGAAUACUUCUGAUGUUGAACAAGAUGAUCAAAAUAAUGACAACGAUGAUGCUGCAGAAGAUGAGCGUCUUAGAGACGAAUAUGCCGCCGAUGACGACAAUGAUGAGAAAGAAGAAGAAGACGAGGACAAUGGAGAGAAUGAUGAAGUAUUUGAAGAGGAAGAAGAAGAACAGGAUGCAGACAGUAGUUCUACCCCACGUGAUCAUGAAAACCGAGACACUUCUAAGGAUGAAAAGUUAUGGAGUCAAGAAAUAUAUCACACAGCAGUUAAAAAUGCUCUAACUACCACCUGUGGUGUCAGCCAUAGUGGUCUUAUUAAAUCUGAUUUAAACAGUGAGAUAUUAAGAAAUCGAAUAAGUCAACGUUUGAAACCAAAAGCUCCAUCAUCCACUCUGAUCUCCACCCCCUCAUCUUCGUCCACAAGACAGAUAAGCAGAACGAUGACACAAAUAUCACGAAUGUCCAGUGGGUUCUCAAAGAAAUAUAACAACAAUAAUACUGCUACUACUCACAAUGGCAGUAGUCGAAUGAAUUAUAAGUCUAAAAUUCCAUUUUUCAAAAAAUUAAACGUCUCCUGGACAAUCCCAUAUGAUCCAAAUGAUGUAAUCGGUUUGAAAAAAUCUCCUGGUUCCAAAUGGGAAGCAUUAAAAAAGCUGAAAUCAUUGAACAGAUCAACUACACAAUUGGAAAUGUUGAACAAUAUUUUUCAAAAAUCAUCAGUUGUCAUAGAAUCAUUCAUAUCAACAUUAGGUUUAAAUAAUAAUAAUAAUAAUGAUAAUAUUAAUAAUGAAUUUUUGAAAUAUUCUAAAAUUGAAAAAUGCGCCUCUAAGUUUAAAACAGAAAAACAAAAUGUAAACAGUAAGAAUGUUCAAUUGUUCAAUAGAAAUCUAAAUGCGAAGUCUAUUCUAACGGAACGACGUCAAAAACAACAACAACAGCAACCAAGUCAAAAACAAACUCUUUCAUCGAAUGAAGAGGAUGUUUCAAAGUCAACUCCUUCUUUGAAUCUACUGAUAAAGAAAUGUUUGUCAGCAAUACAUGCUGAUGCUGCAUCAGGUGGACCAUUUCAGUAUUAUUUAGAAAGAAAUGAUUUAGAAGAUCAAAGUCGUAUGCUUGGUUUCCUACAAGCUAUACAAGAUUAUACAAGACAGAAUUUAAGUCCAAUGCCUAAUCGUUUUACAAAGUUAGCAAAAACUUGGUAUAUUGUGAAUAACUUUUUAAGAUCAGAUAGUCGAUGGAAGUUGAAUAUUGAUUUAUCAGUUGUCAAGGAGAUUAUUCAAACAAUUCAAUGUAAAAAAGACACGAUAUCAGUAAAAAUAUUUGACCCAAUAAAAAAUAUUUGUUUAAAUGAAUUAUAUCCCUACUGGAUUGAAUAUUUAAAAUUUGAUGCUUUUCAAUUUGCUUGUGCUGCACAUAAAAGUAAAAGUGAAAAUUAUUUGGCGCCAAAAUCAAUUGAUGAUUUCGACGUAAUCCUUGAUGAGAAUUCUAAUUUAAUAGUACAACGCAAACCAAUAGAAAUUCCACCAACUACUACGACUACUGCUUCCGGAAUUCGCUUAAAACAUUCACCUAGUUGGGAGUAUUUAACACCAGCUGAAAAAGACGAACGUAUUCGCUUAAAGUUGGAACAAGUUAAAAUAACAGAGAAGGAGAGACGAAAAGCUAUCCUGGCAGCAAGAAGACGUCAACGUGAAGCAUUGAAACCAAAGAAGCAAGACAGUUCACUAUCAGGACUUAUCAAAGUUGAUUCAAAUCAGUCAGAUGAAGAGGAUCAUGAAUUGAAAAAACAUCAGUUAGACGAUCGACAAGAACUUCAGUCAAGAAAAAGUUCAAGUCAGAUGGCGAAUUUAAAAUUAUUGAUUAGUAAUAAGUUGUUGAUUUCAAUGUUUCAAGAAUGGCUUCACACAUUGGCGAAUAAUAAAGCCGAGGUCAAUUUAAAUACAGUCAAUCAAUUGGCGUUUAUUCUAGAUGCUGGUCAAUAUUUAAGCAUGUCAAAGAAUCAGUUUAAUAAUAUGGAAAAAAUGAAGCAUAAAAUUGAUAAGGCAAAUCGUAUUUAUACGAAUUAUCUAUCCACACCAUGUGAGAAACCAAUUGAAUUACCGCCCAAGUUUGUAAAACGAUUGAAUCAAGAAAAAGAUCGUCCAUCUUCAGCUACACUGAAAGGUCUUCGAGAUUAUCAUUUGAAUGCUCUGUCUUCAUUAUUCAAUGAAUUUUUAAAUGUGACAGCUAAACAGUUUGGUUUAACACUAUCCCAGUUGUGUCAAAUGCCUGAAAUUGAUCUAGCCACUCUGGUUGGAUCGCCCAAUAAAACAGGUGCCAGUCAAAUUGGAGAGACUAAACAGAAAUUCUCAAUUAAAACAAGACCAUUGUUAGAAGAUAAAGAAGAAUUAACAAGAUUGCUGAAACGUGCUGCUUUCCAACCAUUUGAUUUUCGUUUAAUUCUUUUCUAUCAAUAUUUAGUUGAUUAUGGUGCUAAGGAGAAUUCACCAUUCAUUGACCAAGAUUUAAUAUUUCAUAUUGAAGCACUACGCUUUGAAGAACUUCAUCGUGGUCAUGUUGAACACGGGUUACUAAAGAAAAAAGUAUUAUGCAUUUUACAAACAUUUUUAGAAUCUGUUUUUCCGCCACAAAUACAAAUUGGUUUACCAAAUGAAGUUGUCAAUCGGUUAAUUGUUCGUAUACACCGACAAACUGAUCAUAAAGGUCCAAUCACUUUAAAUCUCUUCGAUGAAGCAAUGCGAUUGACUUUCAAUGAAAUUUUACCAUUUUGGGCAGGAUUUAAAAGGAAUGUGCUGUCGUCGAAAUCAACCAGUUCAAAAUCUCGACCACAAUCUACUACGAUCAAGUCUGACUACUACUAUAAACAAGGACAUGAUGAAUCGCCUCGAUUGUUAUCCAGUGUAUUAACUUAUAAGCAUCAUGAUAUGAUGGAGAAUCGUUUGAAACUUCAUGAAGAAUGGAUGAUAUCACCAUGCACAGAUAUUAAUUUGCCUAAAGUACCAAAUGAUAAAGAAGCUAAUUCAUUUACUUAUUCAAUACGUACAGGUGUUGGUUGGAGAAGCAUUGAACAUUGA